AUGUACAAUAAGUUAAAUGAGAAAACUAUAAAUAACUAUAACUUAGGACAACUAGAUUCUUUUUGGAAACAUUUAUGGGCUUUAGAAAUAUCUCAAAGGAUUAAGAUUUUCACUUGGAAAUGUUUACAAAAUGCAGUUUCUACUAAUCUUAAACUGUCUAGGUUUAAGAAAGAUAUAACUCCAACCUGUACAUUUGGUUGUAUGGAAUCUGAAUCUAUUGAACACCUCUUUUUACAUUGUUCAUUUGCUAAAGCUGUUUGGACCACAAAUCCAUAUCCAGUAGAAUUAAACUUCAACAAUUCUACUACUUUCUUAGAUGUCUGUAAAGAAUGGAUCUGUAAAGAUAAUCCAACUAUUCAUAUAGAAAUUAUUAUGACUAAAAUCUGGUUUAUCUGGAAAGGUAGAUGCAAUAGAACAUUUGGUAAACAACAACAAUCCCAUAAUCAACUAGCUUUAGAAAUCCAGAGACACUUGGUGUUCUGGCAUAAGGAUAAAUACACAGUUCAUACUAGAUCAACUAAUGUAGGGAAUUCCUCUAAUGAUAAAUGGCAAGCUCCAGGAGCUGGUCAAGAUAAGAUUACCCUUGAUGCAGCCUGGAUUUCUAUAGAUGUUCUAGCAGGUUUCUCUUUAAUUUUCAGAAAUGCUGCAGGAAAUUUCGAACAAGGAAAAGCGAGACCAAUUACAGACUCAUCUCCAUAA